GGUGAUCAUUAUUUUGAUGUUCGCGGCACGGUACUCGUUAUCACCGUGAACACAGUCAGGGGUCAUCACUGUCACAGUGAUCAUUGUUCGGAUGUUUAUGGUACGGUAUUCAUUGUCACGGUGAUCAUUGUUACCGUGAUUACUGUCACGGUGAUCAUUGUUACCGUGAUCACUGUCACACUGUUUACUGGCACGGAGAUUAUUCUCAUCAUGCAUACUCUCGCCGUCAGGGGUUCCAGGGAAAAAAUGUUCUGAGUUUUAUUCUGUCACAUCCGUUUAAGACGGAAAUAUUUUCAGAGUUUAAGACAAAAUAUUUUCAAAAACCAUUUUUAGAGAAUAUUGACAGAAGUUUUAUUAAGGAAAAUAGACACCAUAGCAGUAACUUUUAUUUUUAUAUCCAUUUACUGCUGUUUCACAAGUUUAAGACCUAAAUUUCUAAGAGACAAUUUUUAGACCGAAUUUCUUCGGAGUUCAUUUUAAUACCGAAAUUUAAAAAGAGUCCAUUUUAAGACCAAAUUUCUUCAGAGUCCAGUUUAAAAAUAAAAAUUUGCCAGAGAUCAGUUUAAAAUCGAUUUUCAUCAGCGAUCCGUUUAGGACCGAAUUUCUACAGAGUCCGGUUGAAGACCAAAAUUAGUCAGAGUUUAGUUUAUGACCGAAUAGUUGGCAGAGACUAUUUUAAGACCAAAUUUCUUCAGAGUCCAGUUGACAACCGAAAUUUGACAGAGAACAUUUUAAGACAGAAUUUCUUCAGAGUCUAGUUUAAAACCUUAAUUUUUCAGAGUUUUAAUUCUUGCCAAGUUCUUAAGAGGGGUUAAGACUGAAUUUCUUCAGAAUUUAGUUUAAGACCAAAAUUAGUCAGACACUAGUUGAAGACCGAAAUUUGACAUAGCAUAGACCAUUUUCAGACUAAAAUUUGUCAAAGACCAGUUUAAGACCGAAUUUUGUUCAGAGUUUUAAUGUGCACUAAUGCUAUUAAUCUCUGCAGACUUGAGCAGAUACUUUUAAAAAGUUCAUCAGAUAUUAGCUUUUGGACACAGCUCUAUACAAUUAUAAGUAUAGUUUAGCUACUAAUUACCAAAAUUUAGCCUAAUUUAAAACGAUCAUAUUUCAGACAUAGUAAAUAAGAUCAAUUCAGUUACCGAGUUCUAGCGCCUGUCCUCGUCUUAGUCCCCUCGCGAUGAUUCAAUACUAAGAGUCUAAUCCCCUAAAAUUUAAAACAAUUACAUUUUAGACAUAGUAAAUAAAACCAAAGCAAUUACUGAGUUCUAGCUCGCGUCCUCCACCUUACUUCAUUCGUACAACUCAGUUAAUACCUAAUCAUUUCCACUAAAAUUUAAACACGCUGUAUUUCAGACCGUGUAAAAUACAACAAUUUAGUUACGGAGCUCCAUCUCCUGUCCCCACCAUACUUUACUCAUGUAACUUCAUCAAUAUCCAAUCAAUUUCCUCGAGAUUGAUCGACCUCUUUAUUUCGUACAUAGUAAAAUAGAUCAAUUACUGAGCUCCAACUCUUGUCUCCCUGCCUUACUUUCAAAUUUAAAAUAAAUGUAAACCAGUCAUAUUUCAGACAUAGUAAAUAAGAUCAAAGCUGUUACUGAGCGCUAACUCCCAUCCUCCACCCUAGUGCAGUGCUCAAACUUCAUAUCACGACCUGUCCCAGCCUAUCACCUUAUCAAAGUAACCAUAUCCUCUCCUUCAAUACUCUUGUUAACUCAGCUAUGUAAAUAAUCACUAAUGAUGUAAUAAUUACAAGGUCAUAAUACAACUUAUUGCUCCUUCCUGCCUUCCUCGUUAUCUUCUCCCCUCCUAAUCCACUUCCACACGUUACUCCUUCCAUUACCCCCCCCCUCUCUCCCUCCAAUCCUCCACCCCUGCCUCCAUCCUCUGUCUUAUCUCCCUCACUCCUUACCUUCCCCCCUCCCAUACCUAACCCACCUCUUACCCCCUCCCUUACCUUCCCCAACUUCUUUCGUCCUUAUCUUCCCCUCCCUCUCGCUCCACUCCCCGCAUAUCACUCGUUCCCCAACUCCCCCUUCCCUAACUUCUUCCAAACCUCCAUCACCAGAAUUUAAAAAUACAGCUAUUAUCCAAUAAUCUUACUGUAUUUGUUUAUUCUCGCCUUAUUCACAGCAUGUUCUCUAUACAGCUUUAAUCCUCAUUAUUCAUGUUCUCUCCAUGUCCUGUAAAAUGUUCACAGCAUGUUCAGUUUAUAUUGGCCACAAGUUUAUUGUGUUCAUCGCAUUCUCUUACAUGUUUCCUGUGUUCUUUGUCAUGUUCCUCAUGUUCUCUGCAUUCAUUGCAUUUCCCUUACACGUUCUUUAAAAACAAAUGAACAAUUGUUUAUGUCAUUCAAUAACUAGUUCUUUGUCAGAUAUUAUCACCUGCACUACUCUUCCCAUAACAAAUUAGUUACAAUUUAUUUAGUCAGUCACCAACUUUAUUUUAAAAAACUAUGUCACUGUAUUUCUGCUUAACAACUUGUUAUUUCUUACCAGCACUGUUUGUAAACAAAUCUGGACUUUAUACAGUCACAAAUUUACCAAGACAUUCAUGUUUUAACUAAAAUUAUUCUCCAAUUAAAUGAAAAUAAUCACGUUCAUCAUUUCUUAACUAAAAUUAUUCACCAAUCAACUGAAAAUAGUCACUUUCAUUAUUUCUUAACUAAAAUAACCUUUCUCUCAACUGGAAAGAGCCAAAGGGAUCUUUCAACGCCGUUCUUAACUUAAAUUAUGCGUCGUUCAGUGAAAAAAAUAGUCAAAGAUACUCUUCAAGACAUCAAUAUCACACUCAAAGACAUCAAUAACACACUCAAAGGCACAAAAGGUACUCUUCAUGACAUCAAUAACACACUCAACGACGUCAAUAACACACUCAAAGACCUCAAUAACACACUUUUAGACACCAAUAACGCACUCAUAGAUCUCAAUAACACACUCAAAGACAUCAAUAACAAACUCAAAGACAUCAAUAACACACUCAAAGACAUCAAAACACACUCAGAGCAUUAAAGACCCACUUAAAGACAUCAAAAUACUACUCAUGGCCGUCUAAAGUUAUUCUCAGAGUCAUCAAAUGUAAUCACUAACUCACCUUCGUUCAUCAAAAAAACUGUCUAAGACAUCUUCGUGCCUCAAAAUUGUUCUCUAACUCACCUUCGUUCAUCAAAGUUGUUCUCUACGACAUUUUCGUGUUUUAAAGAAACAUUCUAAGACAUCUUCGCCCUUCUUGGAAUCUCUCCAAGACAGCAAUAAAACAUUCCAAGCUCAUUUUAAUUAACAUUUGCACUCUUUAACGCGAUUUUGUAUAAAAAGAUUUAAUAUUUAGAAUUUCUAUGUGCGUUAAAUCAGCUCUCACUGUAGGUAAAAUCGCUCUUCACUCAUCAGCAAAUAGUCACUAGCAUCUUUGUUCAAGAAAUAUGUAAACUUAGGUUUGUGCUAAACUUACUAAGACAUGUCAUAAUGUACUCACAAUUAACUUUAAGUAUCAUAUCAAACUAAGCAUGAGCAACUUUAUGCACUAAUAAACUUACGCUUCAAGUAAAAAUAAAUAAAAUAACUGACUUUUAUGAAGUAACAGCUUUCACUAAGACAGGUUCGCCAAGACAUUUACAGUCAAAAACUUGAUAAUAACACUUAUUAUGUCACAAAAUACAACUCUUCAAGUAACUAGUUCACCUUUUCGUAAAAACUUUCAUUUCUGUUAAUAUUAAUUAUACUGUUAAAAUACAUAUUCUUCCCUACUUUAUCUUACACUAUUCUCUGAUCAACAAUUCAUUAUUUUACCUAACUUAACUUACGUGUACUAGCCUAUUAUAACCUAACCUAACCUGAUUAUCUUAAUGUAACUUACCUACUCCAACUUACCUAUUCCUCCCUAUCUUAGCUAAGUUACCCAGCCUGAUAUAACCUAACUUACAUAACUUAGCAUACCUAAUGUAACAUUUACUAUCCUGAAUUACCUGUAUCGACUGAGCUACGAUAUUCAGUCGGUACAGGUAAUGGUGUGGUUCGCCCUUCAUUACAUACCAGGCUACGGUGUGUAAUGAAGGAAGGGCAAAGAGGUAGAACGGCCUAUUGACAUAGCUCCAGUGCAUGAGGGAGUUGUGAAAAAACCCUAGUGUGUGUCUCGGAGAGGAUGCAGGAUCCAGUAAGUUCAGUAAACAUCGGUUUCAACUCUUUUUAACCAUGUCGUAGCUCAGUCGAUUAAGGCAGCAUCUGGGAUGAUCACAGACGUAAGUUCGAAUCCUCAUCACGGCCUUUGUGGAUUUGUUCAUUGAUGCAUCACGUUAUUGUGAUUUCUGUGUGAACUGUAGUAAUCUAUCCUAAUGUAACUUUUCCUAACUUAACUUACACAACGUAACUUCCCCUACCUAACCUAACCUAACCUAACCUAUUCUACAUUAUGUGGAAUAAUCUAACUUACCCGAUGUAAUUUACUCCUCCUGACCUAACCAACGUACAUAACUUACUUACUAACUUAACUUACAUAACAUAACUUAUCUACCCUCACCUACCUAAUUUCCUUUCCCUAAUGUAACUUGUCCAACCUGACAUGACCUAACUUCAAGGAGGUCAAGGAGAUUUAGACCUGAAUAUAUAUAUGUUAAACACUGAGUUAAGUUUGACAGCCAGUUUAAGAGUACAAGCAGUGAUCAACGAUAUAGAUAAAUGAAUGGUCAUGAAAUGUGGAGAAUUUGCUGGAGGUUUGAGGCUCGCCUCAGAGGAGUUUGGGCUCGCUUGAGCUGAAGAGAUCGUGAGGGGAGGGUGUGCUCCGUUUGAGCCCCUGGUGAAGAAGAACCCCUGUUUGAUAUAUACCUUCAAGAGGAAGGAAGUGGACAGACGUCUCGACUGAGGAAUAAGUUGGAAGGCGUGUCACCUCAAGUUAGGAACUGCAGAAGGUGUUAUGGAAUAGUUAGUGCAGCUCUGUGGGUAGCCUGAGGCGCCCUGAGUGUCGCCGCCCGGCCAGUGAGGACCAGCUAGCCAGCUGGUCCUCACUGUGGACCAGUCUGUGGUUUGUCCUGAGGAAGAAGUUGAUGGGAGCACUCUGAGGCCAGAGAAGAAGUUGAUGAAUGGAACUUCAAGCCUGUAGGAGUAGAUGUUGUACUCUGUGGAAGAGCAAGCCCCAUAGUGAGGAAUUGGACCUCAAACUGUGUGAAGAGGAGCAGUGACGUGAAGUCUCACAUACUUCUGUGGAAUCAGUGGUAGAGUACCACUGGAAUCCAAGAAAAACUUCAUGGUGCAGCAGCCUGGAAGAGCUGUAGAGGAUCCUGGUAGAUGAAUCUGGAAGAAACUGAUGGUGUCAGGGUAGUGAACUUACAAAUGUUGGAAGGAAGUUCUUAUUCACUACUUGUAGGGAGUUGGUAGAGAGCUUCAUUGUCAUUAGCGUGCAAGAUGCAGUGAAAGGUGGGUACACUACUGGGUCCUGUAUAUGGUUAAAGUGACCUAAAAUAAAGGGGAGCCAAGGUACAUGUGAUCUGAGGAGCGUCGUCAGCCAUAGGUCAUCAGUAACAAGAAACGUGUAUUCAUUAUGCCGGGCCUCAGCGAAUCAGAUUCGGUCUUCGCUGAUGAAUUUAGUAUGGAUGAUCUUAACUUCGAAAUGAAGACAAAAGUGGGGGCUAAGGACGACCUGCUCCUGAGUGAUGGUAGCAGGACUAUUGACUACGUCUUGGCAAAUAAACACGACGACAUGAACCAGGACCACAGUGAUCGUCGGAAAGUUUUCGAGAGUAACCUCAAGAAGGAGGGUCUCAUCCUUGAAUCUGACCAAGUCGAGGACGUUCCCUUCAGAUUCGUGAAGGUGCACGCACCGUACGACGUCUGCGCCAGGUACGCCGAGCUCCUGCACCUCAGUCUGCCUAUGAAACAGGAAGUAUACGUACCCUACACUCGCUCUCCAAACCCCCUCGCUGUCGGCGCACCACUCUCGUCGAUCACCAAACUACCACUUCCAGCCAGCACCUUCCCAUUGGGAGUGUGUGUGGGUGCGCCAAACAGCUCCACUAUCAAGAACAAGGUAUUGAAGUAUGUUGAGCCGGACGUCAGUGUCAGUGUACCAACCACCAAGACUUGUACAGCCAUCUUCUCUCUGAAUAAGAAGUAUUUGUAAGUUAAUACUUUCUUGUAAGUCGCACUCUUUGCAAGCUAGACUCUUAAUUCGUGUUCAAUCUCCGUUGAAGGUCUACAAUGCAAUAUGAUGACCAAACCACACACCAGAAAGUAAAAAAAAAACUUUUCGGUCAGUCCUGGACCAUAAUCAGAGGUAGAAAAGAAGAGAGAUGUUGUUGUUGUUUAAGAUAUAGCUACUCAGAACGAAAUGUCCAUGUAGCACAGGCUAUAGUGAGUCCGUAAUAUAAGAAGAGAUGAUUGACUGAUGAAGAUUAAGGCACCCAAGAGCUGGCACGGCCAUGAAUAGCCCAUAAACACAAGAAGAGAGGAAGGUACAGGCAAAUUUAUGGAAAUAGAAUGAGGUGAGGAGUAGGUAAGAGAAAAGUAUGAAUAGAAUGAAUGUAAGAAUAAGGUAAGAAUUGGAUGCAUGUAAAAAUAAGAGGCAGGUAAGAAGAACAGGAAACGGAAGAAUAAGAAAGGAGGUAUGAAUAAGCAAUAGGGGCAAAGCUUACAUCAAAACAAGAGUGUUAGGAAGGUUGGAGCAUUUGAAUAUGUACUGUGAAAGGGAAGAGUUAACAGCAACAAAGUCAGGAC